UCCAAGAUGGCGGAUCGAGACGAAUGGGACGAUUACACCAACACAAAGCGAGUUCGUUUGUCAUCUGACGCUUCUCUUUCUCAAAAUAUUAGCUAUAGUGAUGAUAAAGAUAAUAUUGAACCUGAAAUAGAUUUCAGCUGGCAGCUCAAGGCAACUGGAGAAGGUGAAAACUCGAAAAAGCCAUCUACGUCACGUGAACAUCAUGUCGGCAACGGCGUACAAGAAAGACGUCAAAGUGACGACUUUCCGACUUGUUUCAGCGUAGAAGACAGCGUAGAUGAUAUUGAUGAACACCAUUAUCGACCAGUAGCCGGUCCCAUGGGAUGGAUUGAACAGCAGAUGAGUCAUGAUGUUAAUCCAGAGGAUAUUCUUGCUUACAUGAUUCCCCACUCUCAACUGCCUCCCAACCUAGAUAAAGCAACUUUAUGGAAGAUUAUUGUUGACAUUCUUACUGAGCCCUCUCCAAGACAAAAGCUUGACCAUAUUAACACUCUUGAUGAUGUUGUGGAACUUCUCAAAGGAUCAAAGAACAUAGUUGUUUUAACUGGAGCUGGGGUAUCUGUGUCCUGUGGCAUUCCAGACUUUCGCUCUCGUGAUGGCAUCUAUGCUAAAUUAAGUGUUGAAUAUCCUGACCUUCCAGACCCUCAAGCAAUGUUUGACAUUUCGUACUUCUGUCAGAAUCCACGGCCAUUUUACAAGUUUGCAAAAGAAAUAUAUCCAGGACAGUUUGAGCCAUCCCUUAGUCACAGAUUCAUAAGGCAGCUAGAACUGAAGGGCCAACUUUUGAAGAAUUAUUCCCAGAAUAUUGACACUUUGGAACAGAUUGCUGGUAUAUCAAGGGUCAUACAAUGCCAUGGGUCAUUUUCUACUGCGUCAUGUACAAACUGCAAGUUCCAGGUUUCUUGUGAGGCCAUAAGAGAUGAUAUUUUUAACCAGGUCAUUCCUCUCUGCCCAAAAUGUCCUCAAGAUGGAAGCUGUUUUGCUAUCAUGAAACCUGAUAUAGUAUUCUUCGGCGAGAGUCUUCCCUCUGAGUUUUAUCGCAACUUGGAAGAAGAUUCAGAAAAGGUUGAUCUUCUGAUAGUCAUUGGAUCUUCCUUAAAAGUCCGCCCAGUUGCUUUGAUUCCAAGUCACGUGCCACCUGAGGUUCCACAGGUGCUCAUCAACAGAGAGCCACUCAGACAUUUGACAUUUGAUGUCGAGUUACUGGGUGACUGUGACGUCAUCAUCUCCGAGCUUUGUCAGCGGCUGGGUGGGACCUGGAACAGUUUGUCAGAUGAUUCUGAGAUUCCUUCUGUGCAAAAAUUGCGUUUUUUGUCAGAGGGGUUGGCUUCAGAUGAAGAACGUUCCGAAGAAGGAGGUUACUCGUUGGGAGAGAAGAAAUCUUCUGGGAAUGCACCAAACAGUGAAGAUGAUACACAACUCGAUGAAAAGCAAGAGCGAGAAGGUGUAAGUACUCUCAAUCGACUAGAUAGUCACGUGACUGUUGGUGAGAGUAGUGGCUGUUGUGACACUGGUGACGAGCCAAACCGAGAGCAGCCGAGAGCUUCAGCUAUUGGAGAAGAAAAUAAACAUUCUACAAACAACGACACAUCAUGUGAAGAAGAUUCUCCCCGGUUCAUCUUUAUGCCACCUAGCCGUUAUAUUUUCUAUGGUGCAGAAGUGAAGGACUCGCCUCUCCCCUCCCCUUCUCCCUCAAGAAACCUUACGAGCUACUUCGACAGUACAAGUGAGGGAACUGACAGCGACAGUGUGGGAGAAAUCGACGAUAACGAAGCUGGUGGCGAUCAUGAUGGAAUUGACAACGGUCCCCAGGCAACAGCGAACAACAGCAGGUCACCGCUCAUUUGCAACACUGAAAGCGAAAAUAACAGCGACGACGGUUUUGGAGAAGGUGAUGUAGAGAAAGCACUGGAGAACGGUAACAGUGAAGUGACCAAACAAACCUUGUCUCUUAUCCUAGGUGGCUUGAGUAGCUACACAUGCGCAAGCGAAGAGAAUAGUCGGUUGUCAGCUGGAUCUGAUGUUCCGGUGUCUGCGGGCUCAGGUGAUCCUUGUUGCUUGUCGAAAGCGGCGGAGACUCUGUUCGCUGACCGCCCCUUCAGGGUGGUUGCCAUGGAAACAACGCUGACCAAACGAGAUAACCCCGAGAUUGAACACCAAGAUCGGGUGGAAGAGACGAAGACAGGAGACUCUGAAGACAGUCAGAGGCGCGAUGAUUCAAUUCGGUCAGAGGCGGAAGUCAGUACUAGUAUCGAUGACCAUGUGUCGCAUUCGUGACCGAAAUCCCUAUUUAAUCUGCAUUGAACCUGAGUACAACUUUGUUGAAAUGCACAUAAUUGUUAUUUUAUAUAUAUAGCGCAUAUUUCUUUAAGACCAAGAGUUUGUUAGAAGAAUCUUUACCACACCGUGAUGUAGCGCUCAAUUCCAGCUUUUACCAUUCUCAUGGAAAAUUUUCCUGGUAAACUCCUAAUUCCAGCGUAUGCAGAACGAGGUAGAGUUCGAAGCCGAUAUGGGUUGCAUCAAACUUUCCACGAAGCUCUCAAAAGGCGAAGCUGGGCUAGGGUUUGGGCACAAUUUUGGAAUGUCUGCUGUAGCAAAGUAUUUGUAAUAAAUUAUUCGAAAAGGGGAAUGAGUUUGUUUCGAUGAUCAGUGGACAUUUUUUACGGUCACAGGUGUAAAAGAGGAGUUGAGCUCAGGAACACCGAGUAGUCAGAGUGGGACUCCAUUGGAUUUUAAACACGAUAUGCAAAUAUGCGCCAUCUGUCGUAUCUUUGUCACGGUGAACCUCUUUUUUUUUCUAAUAUAUACAUAUAUUUGUAAGUAAACCCCAUAGUAUAACUACCAUGAAGUAAAAAGAUGCGGACGUGA